AUGAACCGUGACAACGAUGAAUCACAUAUACGACAAUUUUUUGAUGGAUCGAACAUAUUUAUAACAGGAGGCACCGGAUUUUUGGGAAAGAUUCUUAUAAGCAAACUACUUACCUCGUGCACUGGCAUUAAGAAAAUAUAUUUGCUUGUGCGCCAUAAAAAAAACAAGAGCGUAGAAACACGAGUGGAUGAAAUAUUCGAUGAUCCGGUUUUUGAAACACUCAAAAGAACUUCAGUGAAAUAUAGCUCUCGCAUUAAAGGCAUUUAUGGCGAUUGUCUACAACCUGGCUUGGGGCUAAGCUUAAAUGAUCGGAAAAUGUUAACAGACUGUGUCCACAUUGUCUUUCAUAUGGCUGCUACUGUGAGGUUUGACGAAAAACUAAAAACCGCCAUUAAAAUAAACGUUGACGCUGCAUUUGAUGUUAUAAAUCUCUGCAAGGAAAUGAAAAAUCUCAAAAGUGUUGUUCAUAUAUCCACGGCUUAUACACAUUGCCCUCGAAAAACUAUUGAAGAAAAAUUAUAUCAGACGUUAAGCGACGCUAAAAGCCUUAUGCUAAUGGCGGAGUGCAUUCCCGAGAAGUUGUUAGAGCAUGUGACAUCCAAGUUAUUGGGACAAUGGCCGAAUACAUAUACCUUUACAAAAGCAGUAGCUGAGGACGUUAUUCGAAUUAGUAGCGACCGUCUUCCCGUCGGUGUAUUCCGACCUGGCAUUGUGAUUUCGACAUACCAAGAUCCAGUGUGCGGAUGGAUAGAUAACUUUUACGGACCAACCGGAGCGAUAGCUGGAGCAGGCACUGGGGUCCUACGAACUUUGCGCUGCAAUCCGAAAGCAAUUGCAAAUAUGGUUCCAGUUGACUUAUGUGUAAACAGUAUGAUAGCUGCUUCCUGGGAUAUUUAUGAGAGACAAAAAGAUGGAUUGCCUAAGAUGACCGCGAUCUAUUAUAAUACUAUUAAAUUGGUGGAGCUCUCUGUGGGUCCAAUAAAGACAACUGGAAAUAUACCCGUUUAUAAUUUUUGUACAACGAGCGAUAAUCAAUUAACUUGGGGUGAAUUUACUACAAAAACCGCAAAAUAUGGCUUAAUGUAUCCAUCUUUGAAGGCAAUUUGGUACCUGUGUUAUUCAAAUACUACAAACAAGGCAGUCCACAUGCUUUCAAUUUGUUUUCUGCAUUAUUUGCCUGCACUGGUAUUCGACAUUCUUUGUUUGUGCUUUGGGAAAAAACCUCGACUUCUAAAUACUUAUAAAAAGGUUCAUAAAUUUAUGAAUGUUAUCGCAUACUUUUCAUUGCGAGACUGGGACUUUAAAAUUGAUAAUGUUCAAAACCUUUGGAGCAGAAUGACAAAUUUUGACCGGCACACAUUUUUCUUUGAUAUGAACCAAUUAGACUGGGAUUUUUUUCUGCAACAAUAUUUCCGUGGAAUUCGCCAGUACUUAUUAAAUGAUCCAUUGGACACUAUACCAGAAGCGAUGGUUAGAUGGAAUCGAUUAUAUUGGUUGCAUCAGAGUCUUAAAGUGACAAUUUUAAUUAUAACCCUUUACAUACUUUGUGCUUUUUUCAUGAACUUAAGUAAAGCUAUAUGAUACCCAAAUCGAAGAUAAGGA